GGGGCCGAGCUGAGGGAGACCCCGCGGCGGCGCUGACAAGGGUCUGCGGCGCGGGCUGCCGGCCAUGAUCGCGUCGUUCUUGUGUUACCUGCUGCUGCCGGUCGCGCGCCUCUUCCGCGCCAUCUCAGAUGCUUUCUUUACAUGUCGAAAAAAUGCCCUUCUGGCGAAGAGCUCGUCCCCCCAGGUAGAGGGCAACUUUGCCAUGGCCCCUCGGGGCCCUGACCAGGAGGAGUGUGAGGGCCUGCUGCAGCAGUGGCGAGAAGAAGGGUCAAGUCAGGUGCUCUCAACUUUGAGUGAGGGUCCCCUUGCUGAUAAGAGACUGGCCCAAAGCAGCCUGGCAUUCCUGAUGGAUAAUCCUGGAGAACAGGAUGCUGCUUCUGAGGAUAAGUGGUCCAGCAGGCAACUGAGUGACCUGCGGGCAGCAGAGAACGUGGACCAGCAUUUCCCCGAGGUGCUAGGAGAGGAGCCACUGCCAGAGGUUGAGGGUCCCUUGUGGGCAGCUGUCCCCAUGCCAACAGGGCCCCAGUAUGCAGACUGUGCUGUCCUUCCAAUGGGCGCCCUGUCUGCAGAACAGUGGGAAGAGGACCCUGCAGUGGUAGCCUGGAGCAUAGCACCAGAGCCUCUGCCCCAAGAAGAGACUCCCAUCUGGCCCUUUGAAGGCUUGGAGCAGUUGCAGCCUCCCCCAAUGGAAAUACCCUACCAUGAAAUCUUGUGGCGAGAAUGGGAGGAUUUCUCCACCCAGCCAGAUGCUCAGGGCCUGGAGGCAGGGGAUGGCCCUCAGUUUCAGUUCACUCUGAUGUCGUAUAACAUCCUGGCCCAAGACUUGAUGCAGCAGAGCUCAGAGCUGUAUCUGCAUUGCCAUCCCGACAUCCUCAAUUGGAACUAUCGCUUUGCAAACCUCAUGCAGGAAUUCCAGCACUGGGACCCUGAUAUCCUGUGUCUCCAGGAAGUCCAGGAAGACCAUUACUGGGAGCAGCUGGAGCCCUCUCUUCGAAUGAUGGGCUUUACCUGUUUCUACAAGAGGAGGACAGGGUGUAAGACGGAUGGCUGUGCUGUCUGCUAUAAGCCCACCAGAUUCCGUCUGCUCUGCGCUAGUCCUGUGGAGUACUUCCGGCCUGGCUUGGAGCUCCUUAAUCGGGACAAUGUGGGCUUAGUGUUGCUUCUGCAGCCACUAGUCCCAGAAGGCCUGGGACAAGUCUCAGUGGCUCCCCUGUGCGUGGCAAAUACCCAUGUCUUGUACAACCCACGUCGGGGUGAUGUCAAGCUGGCCCAGAUGGCCAUUCUCCUGGCUGAAGUAGACAAGGUGGCUAGGUUGUCAGAUGGCAGCCACUGUCCUAUCAUCUUGUGUGGGGACCUGAAUUCUGUCCCUGAUUCACCUCUCUACAACUUCAUCAGGGAUGGAGAGCUCCAGUACAAUGGGAUGCCAGCCUGGAAGGUAUCUGGACAGGAAGACUUCUCCCAUCAACUUUACCAGAGAAAGCUGCAGGCCCCGCUGUGGCCCAGCUCUCUGGGCAUCACUGAUUGCUGUCGGUAUGUUACCUCCUGUCACCCCAAGACAAGAGAGAGACUUAAAUAUGGCCGAGAAUUCCUGUUACGUUUCCGCUUCUGUGACAUUGCUUGUCAGCGACCAGUAGGACUGGUUCUCAUGGAAGGAGUGACAGACACUAAGCCAGAGCGACCUGCUGGUUGGGCCGAAUCUGUCCUUGAGGAAGACACAUCUGAGCUUGAGCCUGUCUUCCCCAGAACUGUAGGUACCAUCCAGCACUGCCUCCACCUGACCUCAGUAUAUACCCACUUCCUGCCCCAGCAUGGCUGUCCAGAGGUCACCACGAUGCCCCUAGGUCUUGGGACAACAGUGGAUUACAUCUUUUUCUCAGCUGAGUCCUGUGAGAAUGAUAACAGAACUGGUGACAGGCUGGAUCGUGAUGGAACUCUCAAGCUUCUGGGCCGCCUCUCCCUCCUCUCUGAAGAGAUUCUCUGGGCUGCCAAUGGCUUGCCCAACCCCUUCUGCUCUUCAGACCAUCUCUGCCUGCUAGCCAGCUUCGGCAUGGAUGUCACCGCCCCAUGAAGGCCCCCAGGGAAGAGAGCGUCUCUUCAGGAAGAGCUCACUGGAUCAGUGACUAUGCAAAUGCUCCAAGCUGUAGAUCUUCUGUCCCCUUGUUCCCUCCUGCCCAUGGUUAGACUUUUCUCCAGGCCUGCCCACAUUCUCUGCCUGUGGUCCCUGCCUGGCCCCAACCUCUUCCCAAUCCUGUGCCACAUGCUCAGUGGCCUUGGGAGAGGUGGAAGGGGAUCACCCUUCCUUCCAUGUACCCAGUGCUCCCCCUUGAUUUUUAAUUACCAGGGUUGUGGGAGCUAUUGAUCUCAUUGGUUAUUUGCUUUUAGGCCUUUUCUUGAUGGCAACUUCUCCCUGCCUUCAUGACUUCUGGGCCUCGCCCUCCUGCUAGGCAUGCACAUGUGAGAUGUGUGUGUGUGAUGGAUGUAUCUUCUUUGGGUGAGACUGCCCAACACAGCCAUGCCUGCCUCUGACCAGCCCUCUUGCCGCCUCAGGACUGUGAGCUACAGGCAGGUUGAGAGUACGACCCAGUAGCUUUGUGCUGCCAGGCAGCAGCUGGUGUGUGUGUGAACCCUUCUCUCCUUUCAUCCUCUGAUAAUUACCUUCAUCCUGCCAUCCAGGCAUAGAUGUCACCUGCGCUCUGGGAAUAAAUGGGCCCCAUGGCCUGGGGCAGCAGAUUGGGGGAUGUGCUACCUGCCCAGUGGACUCUAUCCCACAGCUCCCCACAGACCUGACCUAACUUAUGUAGGGCUGGUUCCUUUUCCAGGCUGCUCUGAGGGAGGCAGAGUUUGAAGCCUUGUGUGGGGUUCAGUGAGCUGGGAGAGUGGUGAACCUUAAAAUGUUUAAGGAUGAGGGGAAAGAGCUUUCAGGAAACUUUGAUCUCACUGGACUGCAGAACUGGGCAAGAAUGGGAAUCCCAAUAGGAAAGAGCAGGUAGGUUUCACAGCUGUUUCAGCCAGGACUCAGGCCCUUAGGGGAUGCUUUCAUUCCUCUGCAUACCUAAGAAAGUUUUCUGUUGUUCUUCUCCCACCACUUUUUAUUUUUUGUUACCUCCCCUGUUCCAUUUUCUCUCUAGAGAAGCCUGCUAUUUAUAUUAGCUAAGGCCAAACCAUCAGCAAAAAGCUGGCUAUAGGCAAAUCUGGUCCAAAAACUUGGGGUGGCAGUGCUUGAGGAUUUGCUGUGUUCAGCAAGCCCUUGGUACUCAGUGCCUUUGCUUUUCUUCCCCUAACAUGGGACCACUUUGCCCAUCCAUGUCAGCUGCAUGCCUUAUUUUCACUGUUGGGGUGUGGUCCACAGUGUCUCUGAGCUGGCACUUCCCCACAUCUCCAUUAACUCAGUCUUGUUGCCCUUCAUCUCCAGAAUGAGACUUGGGGACAUGGCUAGGAGACUAGAGUUAGGGACAGUGCGCCAGAGGUUAAUGUUCUUUAUUUGAAAGCCAAAGACCCAGUUUGAAUUCUGCUGCUGUGUUCCUAGGUUCUAGGGAAUUUAAUUUUCUAUGUUUGUCUAUUUUUAAGCUUUUCCCUGGGUACUGGGCAUGUGCCUGUCUGAGCCCCAGGCCUGUCUGUCCAUACCCCUACUGUAUGGACCCUACUCUCCCUGGGUACCUCUUGAGAUGGUCUUAAGACAGUGCCCUCUUGGUUCCUAGGAUGAGGGCCCAUUACUGUCUCUGCCAAGAAAUACGGGUUUAAAUGGCUAAAGAUGGCAGAGGGUCAGAACUUGACAGGUUAUCUUCUCCUUGUUUUUUUGUUCUGUUUUAGAAAUGAAAUGGGGGUUUAAAUGGUCAUUUAAACUGCACUCUGAAGAACUGGGACAGUUUUUUUUUUCCCCUAAUAAAGGCUUACCUUUCUCCCCCUAUUGUUGGUCUUUUUAUUAGGACCCUGAAAAGCAUGAGGUUUGAGAAAGGGCUGGAGGAUGAGACAGAGAAAAAGGCUUGAGGAGCUUUGAUCCUGGGGUGUGAGGGUCUCAAGACCUAAAUCUAGAACAGAAAUUUCUUGCCAUUUGCCUCUAUAAUCUCCCUGUGCUCUGAGGCCUGGGAGUAACAGGGCUUGGGUGAAGCCUCCCAUCCUGACUUUCUCAUGGUACAGCUGCCUUCUCUGUUCCUGUUGUGUGAAAACAGCUGUAGGUUAGCUGUGUUUCUUGUUCAGUCUACUGCCAGUGUCUCCCCAUAGCCUGUAUUGCAUUUUGGGAGGGUCUGUGCAGAAAGUGGGAUAAGAUGUGUUUUCCUGUUCAGAGCUCUUACAGCUGCAUGAGGCCCGAUGUGCGUAGCAGAGUCUGGGGCUGAGCUUCUAUUUCUGAUGAUUUCUUUUGCAUUCUGGAGCCAGAGCUGAGUUUGGGCCAUCUGUCACUAAAAACACUUCUCUUCCUUGCCAGGCCUAGCUCUGCAGUACUUUUGUCCUUCUCCAGCCUCCCUAUGCAGUUAGCUUAGCCAAGACCAUGGGAAACCAAGUGUGGCUUUCCACCUUACCAGAGCAGACUCCCAGCCCCCAGGAUCGAUCUUUGAGUCAGUCAUUGGGGAUCUGAGUUACAUAAAGUCACCUGGUGUUUCUGUUGCACUCCCUGGGUCAGGGAGAUCACAAUUUAGAAGGAAAAGAGCCAGGGAUUAGGAUGCCAUCCCUCAUCUUGGCCAGGCUGGAUGUUGAC